AUGGUGGUGGUUGCUGCCCUCCUGGGAUGGUUUCCCCCAGGUCUCUGCUCAGCAUCUGAGCUAUCAUUCCUGAAGGAGCCCAGCGACGUGAUUGCAGUGAGGGACCGACCACUGAUGUUGGAUUGUCGGGUGCAGGGUGAGGAGCCCAUCCUGAUUACCUGGCGAAAAAAUGGCGUACCUCUAUCCACCAGCCUGCGACUCCAGGUGCUGGCCAAUGGCACCCUUCUUAUACAAAGUUUCCAGAAACGGAGAGAAGGGAGUGAGGCAGACGUGGGCGAGUAUGACUGUGCUGCUCAAAACCGCUACGGCAUGCUGGUUAGUCGCAAGGCAAAAGUGCAGUUGGCAUCACUACCAAAGUUCCAUACUCAUCCGGUGUCUAUGUCAGUAGACGAGGGGAGUGUAGCAAGAUUUCAAUGCCAAAUCAAUGGCAUACCAAAGGCUGAGAUCACUUGGGAGAAAAACAGGGUACCACUGACAGCUGAAGACAGCAGAUACACCCUCCUCCCGAUGGGCGUGCUUCAAGUAACUGGCGUGAGACAGAUGGAUGCAGGGACCUUCCGCUGCGUUGCUCAAAACAUUGCUAACACUCGUUACAGUAAUGAAGCCAUGCUCAACAUUACAGGUGGGACACUGAGGACGUAUAAGGAACCUGUCAUUCUGUCAGGGCCCCAAAAUCUGACUUUAACGAUCCAUCAAACUGCAAUUCUGGAGUGUAUUGCCACUGGAAACCCCAGGCCCAUCGUAUCUUGGAGUAGACUAGAUGGACGCUCCAUUGGGGUGGAAGGUAUCCAGGUUCUUGGUACAGGGAACCUCAUGAUCUCAGAUGUGUCUUUGCAACAUUCUGGUGUGUAUGUGUGCGCUGCCAACAGACCUGGAACCAGAAUGAGACGCACAGCACUUGGUCGUCUUGUUGUACAAGCUCCCCCAGAAUUUUUGCAGUGGCCACAGUCUGUAUCCAAACCAGCCGGGGGAAGCGUGGUGUUCACCUGUGUAGCUCAGGGUGUCCCCGAACCACAUCUCAUCUGGCUGAAGAAUGGAAAAGUCCUGGUUCCCAGUCUCAACGUCAAAUUGACCAAUAACAACAGUACCCUGGCGCUGACCCGAAUCAAACCUGAUGAUGAAGCCAUCUACCAAUGCAUUGCGGAGAACAGUGCUGGCACCAACCAGGCUAGUGCCCGCUUGGCUGUGGCCUUGGCCAAAGACCUUCCCGCUGUCCCACAGGGCCUCUCUGCCAAUGCCCUGUCCACAAACACCCUGCAGAUCUCCUGGAAGCAGCCACCGGCCGAUGUCACUGAGAACAUCAUAGGAUACGUAAUGCAUAUCCGUAAAUUAGGAGAAGCCGACAGUCUGGAGUUGCAGGAAGCCAUCAGUAAGGGAACCUUCCAGCACAAUGUGACCAACCUUGAGCCUGCCACAACCUACUCUCUCUAUGUGAAAGCCUACUCUGCCUUGGCUGCCAGUCAGCAGUCCAAUACCGUGGAGGCAACAACACUUGGUGGAGUGCCAGCCCCACCCACCUUCUUCACAAAGGUGGUCAACUCAAGUGCUGUCCAGGUUCUUUGGGAGUUGCCAAGCAAGACUGGCAAGGCUCAGGGCUUUAGGCUGUCCUACCGCAGGGUCCCCCAUGUUGACUACCAAGGAUCAAUUCAGUUCCCCUAUCACGUCAACGCCCACACCGUCUCUCAUUUGGAACAUGGUGCUGUCUAUGAAUUCAAACUGGUCUCCUUCAAUGGAAAUGGAGAAAGUGAAUCCUCAAAGAGGCUGGUGUCACUGGGUGAGGAGAUGAUGACAGCUCAUUCUACUGGAGAGAAGGCUUCAUGCCCAUGCCAUGAUGGAGAGGCCUCUCUGGGAAGCAUCGUUAUUGGCAUCCAUAUUGGCACAGCCUGUAUCAUCUUUCUGGUUCUCUUCCUCGUGUUUGGAUACCGCCACAGUUUGUUUUGCAGUAAAGAGACACCUGACAGUUGGUCUGUACCAAGAGACAACACUUCCCACAACAGGCUCCACAACGAAACAAAGAAAAGUCUCAGGGCCGCAUCUUCACCUGAGGUGGUCUGCCCUGGUCAGUGUCAGGUCCUCAUCGAACAGCACUCCUCCACCAUACCAGGGACAAACUCCGGAUAGCAUCAGCACUUCUCAAGCCUUCCUCCCUCUCUUGUGUCA